AUGCUGGUGGAGUAUGUGGUAUAUUAUAUUUACAUGAUGAAUACAGCUGUCCAUCCAUGGAUAUAGUGGUAUAUCUACAGUAUGUGUAGUGGUGAUAUCUUCUUAAUGUAGCUGAGUGCUGCAGUGCUCUGCACAUCAAGGCUGGUUGAGGUAGGAUAUUUAAGGGUUCCUGGUGCUCUCAGUUGCCUCCACAGUGUUUCCUAAUUAAAGCAGCCAGCAAGGCGACUUGGUUUUAGAACAGGGUAGCAAUAAAUCACUGGGCCUCUCAGGUGCAUUCUCUCCUCCUCCUGACCCCCUCCCUCCUCCUCCCUCCUCCCUCCCUCCCUCCCCUCUACGAACGAAAGCAACUCAUAGAAAGGCCAGAAUCCCUCCCUCCCUCAAAGCACUCCCUCAAGAGAAGAACAAAAGGCCUCCCGAAAGCAAGACCCUCCAUACCCUGCCCCUCCCUCCCUCCCUCCACCCUCCCCCCAUCCCCCCUCCCUCCACUCCCUGCCCUCCAUCCCUCCCUCCUCCCUCUCUUCCCUGCUCACUGGCAUUUCACUAUCACACAAACGGAUGUACUUUUAUUUCGUAGAGGACGAGGAAAACUAUGGGUGCACCUUAAAGAAGAUGGAAUAUACUGAUGCAUGCUGUUUGUUGUUUGUUUGUUUUCCUCAUACAAUAUUUGUUCUGGUCUCAGUAGCUGUUUUGUUUGUAUCACUUUGCAAAGGGGAUUUCCUCUUUUUCUGAUGUGCAAUGAAAAAAAAAUGAUAAUUUGAUGGGAGGCAAAAAUGUUGUCAAGUCAUGACACAGUUGUUAAUGAACUACAUAUACUACAAUGUAUCUGACUGCUGUUCUGGUCCCGGCUUUUUAAAAGUAAUUAGCUCUCCCCCUGAUGCCAAAGCAAUUGCACUACACUUACAAUGUCAUUGUAUUGAUAGGUAGUGUACGGAGGAGACUUACAGCGUUAUCUAGACUCUUUCAGGGAAAACGCAUUAUCUCCACUGUUACUCUGAUGCUGAUGUCUUAGAGGGGCCUCAUAUGACGGCAUGAAUGCUAAUAGCUUUUUAUAUUGAUCAAAUCACAGAGAGGGAGGUCUGCUUUCUGAACACUAAAAUGUAGCUGAAUUAUGAAAGAAUGGGAAAGUAAGAAUGAGGAGAUAAAUUAAAUGAGUAAAAACUCUGUUAUUACUAAGGAGAGUAAAGAUAUUAUGAUGCGUAGAUGCAUAUAUUUUAUAUAUAUAUAUAUAUAUUUCACCUUUAUUUAACCAGGUUUAAGCCAGUUGAGAACAAGUUCUCAUUUACAACUGCGACCUGGCCAAGAUAAAGCAAAGCAGUGCGAUAAAAAACAACAACAACAACAACACAGAGUUACACAUGCCCAGGUAAUGCCUUCACAGUUUGAUGCCUGAUAUACCGUUUCACUCAAGUUCAAACGUGUGGACUGAACGCAAGAUGAGAGUUGAUCUUCAUCAAACAGAAAGGCUCUGUAUAUAUUCUGAUCCUGGACCAAAAGCUGAGCAAACUGAUUAAACGCUGUACGCUGUAUAUCUAAUAUCUCCAUUCUUCCACUACUGUAUUAUCCUCAGCGAGUUUGUUCUCUGUUACACCUACAGGGGGAGUUGGUAUCAAUUCAGCCACCAGCUAAUGGGACGUCGACAACAUCAGCGUCAGAGGCUUGUUUGGUUUUCCUUCGACCUUUCCAUUGUGGAUUAUUAUCUAAAGAAAAUCACUUGUGGACUCUAUGUGUCGUAUGAGUAUCAACAGACAGUUUGUUUCUACAGCAUGAAGGACAUUAAGUAAUUUGUCCUUUCCCUAUCAGAAUACUGUGUUUCAUACCUGGAUGCUACUAAAACCUUACAGUGUUUGUUUACAUUUACUUCGUUUGGAAAACAUUGGAGUAAAACAAGCUUAUAUUUUGGUUUCUGAUUGGGGUACGACAGUUGCUCAUGAGGCAUUUUAUAAGUUAUAUUCUCCAAGAAUCAAUGGGUACAUAUCAUUCAUUUAUAAGUCCAAAAAUGGAUGUAGCAACUGCAGAUUGGGCCUUUAACAUCACUGUGACGCUCCAUUACGUCCAGUAGAAACCAGCGGAGGGAGGGGAGACGUUUGGCUGUUUGGAAUAUAGAGAUGAUAGACUUUCUCAGGUAUUACCACCCUCAUAUUUAACCUGUUAGCCUAAGUGAAAUUGCAGCUGUACAAGCCUUGGAUAAAGGCUGCGUCGCAAGCGGCACCCUAUUUCCUAUUAAUGCACUAGUUUGACCAGAGCCCUAUGGGCUCCAAUGGGCUCCAAUGGGCUCUUGUCAAAAGUAGUGCCCUAUGUAGGGUAUAGGAUGCCAUUUGGUACAUAGCCAAACGUCUGUUAUAUUUUCCUGUGUGACAUUUCUGGCAGCACCUCGAUUGCAGCAGGAAAACUGUGAACACUCCUUGAGUCAGCACACCUGCCCAUGACGGAUGCUAAUUCAAACUUUGACUUGGGGCUAAUUGUAUGGAUAUUCCAAUCCAUCCAAUAUAUUGCAGUACACUCAGGAACCAAGGCAGGGGUCUCCCAUGGGAUUAGGGAGAUGACAGGGUAAAGGGGUAGUCUUGUCUGAAAGGAAAAUACUGCCCUUCAUUGACAAAUGUCAUGGGGAAAUAAGAUUAACUGGCCAAUGAUAUGAAGACUGGAAUGGCUGAUAGAUAAUCUUAUCGAUCUGGUGACCCCCCUUCCAUCCCUCCAUCCCUCCAUCCCUCCAUCCCUCUAUUCUUCUAAUCUUUCAUAUUCCAUCCCUCUAAUCUAUCCUAUGCUACUUUGUACACAGAAACACGUUACAUUGGUUCUAAACCCAAAGGCCACCCAGGACCAACAAGGAACCCUGCACCUGCUGUCCAUCACCUUAAUGACAUCAUCAACAGUGUUUGUAUUUUGGAUCAGAUAACUAUGUUUGCAGUGUAUAUUCAAUAACUACAGAUGGACUACAUGUUCAGUAUUUAUCUACAGAUAGAUUACAUGUUCAGUAUGUAUCUACAGAUAGAUUACAUAUUCAGUAGUUAUCUACAGAUAGAUUACAUAUUCAGUAGUUAUCUACAGAUAGAUUACAUGUUCAGUAUUUAUCUACAGAUAGAUUACAUAUUCAGUAGUUAUCUACAGAUAGAUUACAUGUUCAGUAUUUAUCUACAGAUAGAUUACAUGUUCAGUAUUUAUCUACAGAUGGAGUACAUGUUCAGUAUUUAUCUACAGAUAGAUUACAUGUUCAGUAUUUAUCUACAGAUAUAUUACAUGUUCAGUAUUUAUCUACAGAUAGAUUACAUGUUCAGUAUUUAUCUACAGAUGGAGUACAUGUUCAGUAGUUAUCUACAGAUAUAUUACAUGUUCAGUAUUUAUCUACAGAUGGAGUACAUGUUCAGUAGUUAUCUACAGAUAUAUUACAUGUUCAGUAUUUAUCUACAGAUAGAUUACAUGUUCAGUAUUUAUCUACAGAUAGAUUACAUGUUCAGUAUUUAUCUACAGAUAGAUUACAUAUUCAGUAGUUAUCUACAGAUGGAGUACAUAUUCAGUAUUUAUCUACAGAUGGAGUACAUGUUCAGUAUAUACAGUAUCUGUAAAUCAUUGCUUUUGCAGUCCUAUUGAUUGGAUUGACUAAAUCAAACAUCCCUCGUUUGUCUUAUAUGUUGUAAUUUUCCAUUGAAAAUGACCCCUUCUCUCCUCCAAGAAAAUAAACAGAUCUUCUUCUGGUUGACAUCGUCUUCAUAUCCUAUUAAUGCAACAAUAGGUUGACAUGCAUUAUAGCUCUCCCAAAACAAACAAGAAAUAAGACAAAAAAAAACAGAAAACUUGAGCGUGCAUAACUAUUCACCCCCCCAAAGUCAAUACUUUGUGAAGCCAUCUUUUGCAGCAAUGUGAUGAGGUGAUGUCGAAGGAGUCAGGCGCUGGAGGGUAAAUCACAGAAUAACAAGAUUUAUUCUGAACCACAGAGUUACGCAGUAAUGCGUCAAAAUCACUUCAGUGCGCAAAACAGGCGCACUGGAAAAUACAAGGCACACAGGGAAAUAUCCUGUCGAUACAAAAUACACGGAGCUCCACCGAGCUUCACUUUCCUCCACAAUAAACAAUCACACACAAAGACAAGGGGGCAGAGGGAACACUUAUACAGGUACUGAUAAGGGGAUAUGAAACAGGUGUGUGAGCUUCUUGGAGAAGAAGGCACAGGGGCGGAGCUUGGGUGGCGUGCCCGAGCGUUGAGAUAGGACAGCGCCUAUCCCUACCUCGGACGUAUCCACCUCCGCUACGAACGGUAGUGAUGGAUCGGGAUGGGCCAGUACCGGGGCUGAGGUGAACAGAGCCCUCAGGUUACUGAAGGCCCUGUCAGCCUCAGCAGACCAGCGGAGCCGGGACAGCCCACCCUUCAACAGAGAUGUGAUGGAAGCUGCGACCUUGCCAAACUCGAGGAGGCGGGCGAAGUGGAGAGACGUAUGAACCCCUGGCGCAGGGACUCGGAGACGUAUGUCUCCAUCGCCUCCGUUUCAGCCUGCGACAGGGGAUACACAUGACUCCUGGGAGGCACAGCGUCUACCCGGAGGUUUAUCGCGCAAUCCCCCACCCGAUGAGGUGGUCAUUUGGAAAACGCGUGCGCCAAAUCGAGGUAUUCGGGGGGAACUUCUCCACAACUUUGUCCCUGACCUGUUUGGAGAGCUCCUUGGUCUUCAUGGUGCCGCUUGCUUGGUGGUGCCACUUGCUUAGUGGUGUUGCAGACUCUGAGGCCUUUCAGAACAGAUGUAUAUAUACUGAUAUCAUGUGACACUUAGAUUGCACACAGGUGGACUUUAUUUAACUAUUUACAGUGAGGGAAAAAAGUAGUUGAUCCCCUGCUGAUUUGUACGUUUGCCCACUGACAAAGACCUGAUCAGUCUAUAAUUUUAAUGGUAGGUUUAUUUGAACAGUGAGAGACAGAAUAACAACAGCAAAAUCCAGAAAAACGCAUGUCAAAAAUGUUAUAAAUUGAUUUGCAUUUUAAUGAGGGAAAUAAGUAUUUGACCCCUCUGCAAAACAUGACUUAGUACUUGGUGGCAAAACCCUUGUUGGCAAUCACAGAGGUCAGACGUUUCUUGCAGUUGGCCACCAGGUUUGCACACAUCUCAGGAGGGAUUUUGUCCAACUCCUCUUUGCAGAUCUUCUCCAAGUCAUUAAGGUUUCGAGGCUGACGUUUGGCAACUCGAACCUUCAGCUCCCUCCACAGAUUUUCUAUGGGAUUAAGGUCUGGAGACUGGCUAGGCCACUCCAGGACCUUAAUGUGCUUCUUCUUGAGCCACUCCUUUGUUGCCUUGGCCGCGUGUUUUGGAUCAUUGUCAUGCUGGAAUACCCAUCCACAACCCAUUUCAAUACCCUGGCUGAGGGAAGGAGGUUCUCACCCAAGAUUUGACGGUACAUGGCCCCGUCCAUCGUCCCUUUGAUGCGGUGAAGUUGUCCUGUCCCCUUAGCAGAAAAACACCCCACAAAGCAUAAUGUUUCCACCUCCAUGUUUGACGGUGGGGAUGGUGUUCUUGAGGUCGUAGGCAGCAUUCCUCCUCCUCCAAACACGGCGAGUUGAGUUGAUGGCAAAGAGCUUGAUUUUGGUCUCAUCUGACCACAACACUUUCACCCAGUUCUCCUCUGAAUCAUUCAGAUGUUUUUUUUUUUUUUUUUUUUUUUUGUUCAUUGACAAACUUCAGACGGGCCUGUAUAUGUGCUUUCUUGAGCAGGGGGACCUUGCGGGCGCUGCAGGAUUUCAGUCCUACACGGCGUACUGUGUUACCAAUUGUUUUCUUGGUGACUAUGGUCCCAGAUGCCUUGAGAUCAUUGACAAGAUCCUCCCGUGUAGUUCUGGGCUGAUUCCUCACCGUUCUCAUGAUCAAUGCAACUCCACGAGGUGAGAUCUUGCAUGGAUCCCCAGGCCGAGGGAGAUUGACAGUGCUUUUGUGUUUCUUCCAUUUGCGAAUAAUUGCACCAACUGUUGUCACCUUCUCACCAAGCUGCUUGGCGAUGGUCUUGUAGCCCAUUCCAGCCUUGUGUAGGUCUACAAUCUUGUCCCUGACAUCCUUGGAGAGCUCUAUGGUCUUGGCCAUGGUGGAGAGUUUGGAAUCUGAUUGAUUGAUUGCUUCUGUGGACAGGUGUCUUUUAUACAGGUAACAAGCUGAGAUUAGGAGCACUCCCUUUAAGAGUGUGCUCCUAAUCUCAGCUCGUUACCUGUAUAAAAGACACCUGGGAGCCAGAAAUCUUUCUGAUUGAGAGGGGGUCAAAUACUUAUUUCCCUCAUUAAAAUGCAAAUCAAUUUAUAACAUUUUUGACAUGCGUUUUUCUGGAUUUUUUUUGUUGUUAUUCUGUCUCUCACUGUUCAAAUAAACCUACCAUUAAAAUUAUAGACUGAUCAUGUCUUUGUCAGGUGGCAAACGCACAAAAUCAAUAGACUGGCUGGUCUAAGGACAACACUGGCUGGUCUAAGGACAACACUGGCUGGUCUAAGGACAACACUGGCUGGUCUAAGGACAACACUGGCUGGUCUAAGGACAACACUGGCUGGUCUAAGGACAACACUGGCUGGUCUAAGGACAACACUGGCUGGUCUAAGGACAACACUGGCUGGUCUAAGGACAACACUGGCUGGUCUAAGGACAACACUGGCUGGUCUAAGGACAACACUGGCUGGUCUAAGGAUAACACUGGCUGGUCUAAGGACAACAAUGGCUGGUCUAAGGACAACACUGGCUGGUCUAAGGAUCAACACUGGCUGGUCUAAGGACUAACACUGGCUGGUCUAAGGACAACACUGGCUGGUCUAAGGACAACACUGGCUGGUCUAAGGACAACACUGGCUGGUCUAAGGACAACACUGGCUGGUCUAAGGACAACACUGGCUGGUCUAAGGACAACACUGGCUGGUCUAAGGACAACACUGGCUGGUCUAAGGACAACACUGGCUGGUCUAAGGACAACACUGGCUGGUCUAAGGACAACACUGGCUGGUCUAAGGAUCUCUCACUUGUCUACGAUUGGCUGCACUUCUCCAUGCUACUCUUUUUUUAA